AUGACGAAUCUCCUCAGGUUUGGCUGCUAUCUUGGAACAAACCACUACUCGAAUCACUCAUCUGUCAUAGCAUCCUCAAAGCGCAAGUCUGACGACAGCGAUUCCGACUGGGAAGGUGCACCCGGAGCGAAGCAACCCAAACCCGCGCCCGAAUCAGGGACUGCUGAACUCCAGAAAGAUCUCGGUAACUAUGGCAGCGCAUCUUCCCAACGCCCGGCACGAGUGAGGAAACCACCGGAAAGAUACAUCAAUGCACCGCCCCAGCCGUCAGCCUACAAGAAGAAAGCGACCUCAGCCAAGGCCAAAUCAUCUACGAAGGAAGCUUCAGCUACAGCAAGGGGUGCUUCUCAUCAGAUUCAGGCUGAGCUUCCGGCACCUUCGGACACAAUUGCCAAUGGCAUCGACAGCUCGUCACAACUACCGGAGAAAGAGUCCAAGAUAGUCCGUCUCAAAGUCCCAGUCACCACAUUCACACGCCAGCCAAGCCAGAAAUAUGACAACGAAAGCUCCGGUAGUGAUCUAUCGUCCCCGCCUGGUUCUUUGCCAUCAACUCCGAUUUCCGCCUACAAGAACACCCAGACCUCUCUUCCGCUGGACGGACAAGGCCAAUGUGCUCAGCGUAUACUGGAUCCCGUACCGGCAUCGAGUCAGGAUAUUGCAACUCCGCCCGCCUCGCAAGAGGCUCUCCCAAGCCAGGCACACAUAUCGCAAUCAUGGGAACCGAAUACGCCAGAGGACAGUAUGCGCGACGUCCCAGACUUUGUCGAUCACGCGCAAACACCGCCAUCAAUGCUUUCGAAGGAGGUCGACGGUCGCUUCGCAUACCUUACGCCCGAAUCGGCUAUCCACUAUGACCCGGGUGUCAUACAUGAAAAGUCGAACGUUGAGCUUGGGAACGGCCAGGUGCCUGAACAAGACUCAUAUCCAGCCCAGCCCAUACUGGCUUUGGACUCGACCUGCGGAAGGUGUGGCGCAGCUGGGCACCAAGAGCAUGACUGCUCCGCGGCUGUCUCUAUCCCCGAAAAUCGAGAUCGUGGCGGACAAGUCGAGGCUUGGCUUCGAGCUGGCGAUCCCGCCGACCAGACAAAGCCGCCCUGUGCUGGCUAUGUUGGAUCGAUACCCAAUCUGUAUGCGGAAUCAGAAGCAACAACGGAUUGCGAUGAAUUCGUGGGCUCUCCCGUCGGCGAAGGAUUCGACCUAGCCGACAACAAACACCUCUAUGAUAUUACCGAUCGACUUAUUGCCCAGCAGAAUAGAGGUUCGAACAAGCCAGAGCCGCACGGACAACCAGAAGUUUGGGCCGAUGGACGGCAAGAGAUCUGCGAGACGCUACAUUACUAUCGCGCAUACCAAAGCGCUUGCUACUCCACUGGCGGCUUUGCAAGAGGCUUCAUGUUCGACAAGGUUGCGCAUGCUCGCGAUUAUAUGGAUACUAAUGUCGUCAUCUCACGUGCAGGCGGUGGUCUCGCGAAGGACAUUGACUCUGGUGAGAUGAAGUCAAAGAAGGACCAAUCUGAAGACUCAGCUGCGCUAGGCUUGAGGAACUGCAUGCUUCACUACAACCCAGUCGUCAUCAUCACCGGAGUCGACAACCCCAACAUCCCGUCAAAGCCACCGCAUCAGUACUGUGUCUUGGAUCAUUUCAAGCCCACCCAUAUUUGGGCCGAGAAGAGUGGUAACAGCAAGAUUGUGCGAUACCGCUUUGAGAAGCUGAAUACCACGAAAGAGUCCUGGUGGAAGGAGAAGGAUUCCCAGGAAGUUGUAGAGCUUGGCUCGCUGCCACCUCCAAUUGAGAAGAUAUGUGGAAGCUGCGACUUGAAGUCUCAACAGAUAUACCUGAACGGAUGGAUGUGUCUGCAACCGACUUGCGCCGCCUUUUGGAAGAUCCUCAUGUCAACACUGGGACCCGGAACGAGCACGUCAGCGCAGGAGCCAAAAGAAGCCUCUUUGGUAUAUGACCCACGCUUUCUCAAGCAGAAGACUCCUUGGCACAAUGACGACCACGAUUACCCUCUGGUGUCUAACACUGCUGAGCUUUCAGGGCACUCCAUUCCAGGUGAGGAUACGUCAGUCGCAUUCUGGUCUGGUAUCGUAGAUACGAUGGCACCUCUGAUUGGACUGAAGGUAUCCUUCGAACGCGGAUAUCGCAUCAACCGAUAUGAAAUACCCGGCGUCAACGGAUUCAUAACACACAUGGUUGCCAACAAGACGGUACUUGGUGAGGAAGGCGGUCCAGAUGCCAUGUUCGAGGAGCUUCAACAGACAGAUAUCGGACUACAGCGCCGGUCAAUGCCGAAUGGCCAGCUGAAGGGGCCUAAUUACUGUCGUCAUUUUGCAGUAAACUACGGCAUGCCAUACAAGUUCAUCGCAGCGACAGCAUCUCGCUUCUUUGAUGGAGCCGCUCGCCCGAUAACCAGCACUCGCAGUCGCCUGAACUGGGCUGCCCAGUUGCUCUUGACCCAAGAGACGGGCAAGAGCAUGGAAGAGGUCACCCAAGAAUGGCAAGAGAAGGAGUUCAAUGAAGUUCUCGCAUUAGGAUACUUCGAAGAACAAAAGAUCAACUACCACGAUGACGGCGAAUUUGGCCUCGGUCCAACUAUCGCAACGUUAAGUUUGGGCGCACCAGGCACAAUGCGGAUCCGCAUGAAAGCCCGCCACUACCACGGCGUAUCCUCUGUCGCUGGUCUGUACGAUGACGCUGCCCCAAUACCUGGAUGCGAACACUAUGAAGCUCGUCUUGCACUUCAACCUGCUCUCGACGCGCUCAAGGUAUCAGACUCCAAGGCGUAUAAUGCGAGGAGGAAGCAGAUACCCAAGCAGUUGAAGCUCAACAACCGAGGCAAUGCGAGAGAUGCGUUGACCAUGCAGCUCGGUCAUGGCGAUAUUGUUAUCAUGCACGGCGCAGAUGUACAGAAGUAUUAUGAACACGCUGUUGAGCACUCGGGUAAGCUGCGGUUUGCGCUUACUUGUCGGUACAUCGACCCAACAUCGCUGAAGGCUGAGGAUCAGCCUCAAUAUGAGGUUGGGCCGGAUGAGGAGCGGUAUGAUGGAUCAGGACUGGUUUGA